AUGAAAAGCAGCACGUUCACCAUCGAUGACCUGAAGGCCGCGCAGACCCCUGCCUGCGCGAAGACGAAGUUGGUGGAGUACCUGAAGAGCCUUCGACCUAGAAGAGAACCCAACCGUGUGCGGACGGUGACCGACAGGGAUAAGCUCAUGCACCAGAGCUGCUACGAGAAGCCUGUCAGCUACUAUUUUACCAGCGGCAGAAAGAUCACCUGCCCCAGAUUGGUUGAGAAGGAAUGUUCUCCUUACAUCAUCGACUCCCAGAACCGACCGAACGAACAGGUCCAUCUGGAUUAUAUUAAGACAUUGCCUCACUACCUCAAGCCCAGCAGGAGGGAUAAGCCUGUCAUCGGAAUAAACGACAGGAUUUAUAUACCUGAGGACGAUCCUCAAUAUCCACCAAAACAUACUCUCACCAAAAAUGCUCCUGACUAUUUCAACAUGAUCGUUGGAAGCCCGAUCGAGGAGGCGUUUUUCAACAAAGAUGGCUACAUCUCCAGGUUGAAGAAAACCUUUUAUAUCAGGCUGAGGCACGCCAUCGACGAAGAGGUCCUAUUGGUCGAUGAAGAGAGGAAACUGAGAGAACUUUAUUACCUUGUACGCAUUAGAAAUGAGCACGCUAAAAUGCUCGACUCAUUUAAUGAAUACUUGAAGAAAAACUUGGAAGAGCUGCAAGCUGUUACGGACGUAGCUGUGAAAAUGGCGAAACUUGUCGAAGUGAAGGCGAUACAAAUCGUGAUUGCGAAUGGCACGCUGGAGAACAUCAAGGAUUGCUUGUUUCAAAUGGACAAAGUUCUUAGUUACAGAAGGAUUUGCAAGAUAACCUUAGAUGAGCUGACUCCAGAGCUGUGGCGGAGAGAGUACUCCAAGGAGAAGGCCAAGCUCCAGCCGAUAGCAGACAGAGCUGCAGACUACGUUCUACAGAUGUUGGCCUAUUUCAAGUUGAAGAUCCCAUUCCCUGAGGAAACUCUGGAGAAGGUUGUACUCUGCCUGGCCAAUACCAUCCGGAACCUAGGUCCUCCUGCUAGGUACUUCAAGCUACCUGUUGAGGUACAACAAGCGUUGAAGAAGUUGGAGCAUAGCACUGUCGUCUCCAUCCAAGCUCUUGAAAUGUCCUCCAGUCGUAGGGAAAAAAUUAUGGAAAAAGAUAGAAAAAUUCUGAAAGAAGAAAGGAAAUCAUUAAAUGUAUUAAGAACAGAUAUAGAAGUUUUGAAAUAUGAAUUUUCUAAGAGAAUUGCUCCAAUUAUUACAAUAGAAGAAGAAACUGGUGUCAUAAUGUCUUAUUGGAGGGCAGUAACAACAAACCCAGACCUUCUUCAGGCUUUUGUUCACAUAAAAUGUUUGUAUGAAGAAUUUGUUGGCGAUGAAUCACCAACUAAAGAUAUUGUAGAGAUGAUAUCUUUGUUAACAGAAAAAAUCAUAGACACCCAGAUGAGAGUCAAUUCUCUUCCUGAAGAAGAGACAAGGAGAAUAUACAAUGAAAUUAAGGGUAAAGAUGAUAUGGAUAUACAAAACGCAUUAGUGGCUAGAAAACUUAAAAUAGAAACAGAAAAGAUGCUGAAGAAGAUGAACAAACGUUUCGAAAAAAGAAUUGCACACCCUGGGAUACCCCAGAAAUACAGGAGGAUACCAACCAUAAAGAAAAAGAAGACAGUUGAAAUGGUAAGGCCUAUAACACCGCCCAAUCAAAGAGCCUUGAAACACAUUUUGCGGAUUUUCCAACCCACCAUAUCCCAGGAAGCGUAUCUAAACUUCUUGGAUAGUAUUAAAAAAAUGGAUAAGGUUGAAGAGCAGCUGAAGGUGGUUAAAUAUCCACCGAAAGUCGCUGAAAUCGUCCCCUCGGACAUUCCUUCACCACCUUUCACAGCUAAGAGAGAGACCCCUCCAUCAGAAAGCAACAAGAUGUUGGUUGACUCUGGAGAUUCAGAAACACCUUCAAAUAUCCCAAGUGUGAGUGAAGAUCCAGAUAGUUUUUUUCAAGAUGAGAAUUGCUAA